UGCCUUGUUGCCAUGGUUUCGUCAACACACAAGACACUCGGCAGCUUGCUCCUGCGUUUACGCCACAACUCCUUGGUAACCUAGUCUACAAACAACUCAAAAGUACUGAGAAACUUUACUUUUGGCAGGUUGCGAAUGAUUUGCUGUAUAAUAUCUGUUCAUAUUUCGUGUAACACCUUAAAAUCUUUGUAGUAAAGUUGUUGUUUUGUGCUGGGAUAUCAAAGCUAGCUACAAGAGUGAAAAGACUUUGUGGCUACAGUAGCCAAGUUAGCUUCUCGCACAAAUAUGGAGUUCGGUUCCAAACUCAAGGACCUGAAUAUGACACCGGAUGAAAUGGGCCGCUUUACCAAGGCUUUUCAAAAUGAGGAAUUCAGAAAGAUGCUGCACGAAUACGCAGAGGAAAUAUCAAAGCCAGAGAACAAGAAGAAAUAUGAGGAAGAAAUCAAGUUGUUAGAACAAGAGAGGGGCGUGGACAUUCAAUUUGUCCACCCCAAACCUUACCGAGCCCUGAAGACGAGUAUGGACGGUAGGCAGAAGUGCUUCAUCAAUGUCUGCAGCAAUGACAUGAUUCGUAAACCUGAGUUUAGGAGGGUAGAUGAGGCUGGCAGAGUAGGGCAGCAUUGGUCACUACCCCACAGCUUGACACCUGGAACGCCAGACAGGGAUGCAAAGGGGAAUAAGUACACAAUCUAUGAUGUUGUGUUUCAUCCAGACACUAUUCACAUGGCUGGAAACAACCCAAGAUUUAUGGAAAUGGUUGACAACACUGCUGUUGAGGCUGUCGAGAAUGGGGGCAAAGUGAAGCUAGACAAAAACAAUGUAAGAGUUUUGAAAAUCAAAUACAAAGGGACACCACACGCUGCCGUCAUGCGCAAGCCCUUACCUGGUCAACCUGCCAAGGAAAAACCUUCACCACUUGACAAUCAUCUCUCGUUCCCCUACCCCGACGAAAAGCAACCAGAUACGGCAACAAAUCAAAAGGAGAGCCCUAUGCCGAAGGCAGAGAUUCAGUCCGACACCCAGAUCAGCCAGAGACAACAAAAUGUCAAUUCACCCAAGAAGCCAACGAAACCACAUUACACUCUAAAAUACAGAUCAUUCAUUGAUUUGCAAGAUUUCAGGUGUUCAAGAGAUUCAGCUCAGAGCCCACGCCCUAAAGAGAUUGUCAUCACUAUUGAUUUGCCUUUGCUUAGAUCUGUUGCGGAUGCUGAUCUAGAUGUGACUGAAAGACUUGUUAGUUUGGAAUCCAAGAAACCAGCUUACAGACUAGAGGUGCCGAUGGCAUACCCAGUGGAUGAAAACAAGGGAGAGGCAAAGUUCAACAAGCAAAAGAAACAACUGGUUGUUACUUUACCUGUUCUACCUCUGAAGCAGCCAACAGUCGCUGAAGUGUCUGGCCGGCAGCUUGUCAAUGAUGAUGGUGAAGAGGAUUUUGAGAAUAGUUGUGUAAGCGCAGCGUUGUCGGAAGACGCAACACAUGGAAAAGAAGAUACCCCCGACCACAACGGAUUUGGCAAAGAAGAUACCCCCGACCACAACGGACGUGGCAAAGAAGAUACCCCCGACCACAACGGCAAAGAAGAUACCCCCUACCACAGUGGACGUGGCAAAGAAGAUACCCCCGGCCACAACGGCAAAGAAGAUACCCCCGACCACAGCGGACGUGGCAAAGAAGAUACCCCCGACCACAGCGGACGUGGCAAAGAAGAUACCCCCGACCACAGCGGACGUGGCAAAGAAGAUACCCCCGACCACAACGGACGUGGCAAAGAAGAUACCCCCUACCACAACGGACGUGGCAAAGAAGAUACCCCCGACCACAACGGACGUGGCAAAGAAGAUACCCCCGACCACAGAGGACGUGGCAAAGAAGAUACCCCCGACCACAGAGGACGUGGCAAAGAAGAUACCCCCUACCACAACGGACGUGGCAUUGAAGAUACCCCCGACCACAGAGGACAUGGCAUUGAAGUUACCCCCGACUACAGCGGUUGCAAUGAAGGGGACAUCUCAGAAGACGUUCACUCUGCAAAUACAACAUCACUCCGGUCUGAAAAUCAACUAAUCUCAGUCCUGGAAGACAAGAUAGAGUUUUCUGAACAGUCUGGUGACAUUGAGGAGGACAAGCAACACAAACUGAGAAGUGGUGAAUCACACCGAGCUAAAGCUUCAGAGCCCACUGAGUUUGAUGGCAAGACUGGGUGCACUGACCAGAAUGAGGGACAGUCAGAUGAGAAUCAUUUACAUGAUGAGGUGGAAACAGACCCAUCAUCCCUGAGCGAGAGAAUAGAUGACCCAUCUAACACUGCAGCAAUGGUCAUCCCAUCCAAUCUUGACAACAAUGACCAGGCCAAAGACUGCUCAUCCCCCAAGAUCGAAGAGAUAGUUGAAAGUCAAGCUCCAACUAAGGAUAAACAGAAGACUGUGCAAUUCAGUGAGCAUGUGGAGGUGGCUCAGUCUCAGGAGGAAGAUGACCUGCCUGCUGAGCAGACCUUUCAGGACUGUAAUAUGAGACCACAGCAAGUACUGCUGACAGAAAUCAACCAGCAUGGACAAGAGGUGGUCAUUUGUGAUCAUACUACAUCUGCUGGUUUCGUUUUUCAAAACUCCUUUAUCUAUGACCUGGACUGAGUCUCCUGUCAAGGAACUUGCUCCGUCACAAAGAUACUAUAUGAAGUUUGUUGCUAAUUCAAUUCGUUGAGGUCUUGCGUGAAAACCUAAAAUCCUUUUAUCCAAUUGAGGGCAAUAGGAAAAAAAGUAUUUAAAAAGGUUUAUCUGAACAAGUGAAUCAGUAAGACUCCCAUGUCUUCAGUAUCAAUUUCAGAGAUCUCCUUUUGAAACUAUUUUAAUAAGUUAUUUCCCAUAUACUUACUUCUUUCUACAAAAGGGGGGAAAGUUUACAUUUAGUAUGUUUAAGCAAUAAAGCCCAUAUACCGGUGUAUAUGCCAAUCAGCAUUCAGUGGAGUACCCACCCAAUUUAUAAUUCGUUUUAUACCUACCAUUUGCUAUUAGGCCUACGUGUUGAGGGUGUGGAGAAGCCCACCAUUUGAGCGACGCUUCAACAAUUGUAAAAUGCUGUACUCAGACCAUGCCACGAGGUUCAAGACUGCUUGACAUAUCAAAGGAUGCAUUAGUCACACCACAAAUACUAACAUUUUAAACAAUUGUUUUGGUACAUUGUGUACUACUACAAAAUGACAAAUAUCAUUUUAAACCUUCAGAAACUAAUUGAGACAAUGAUAGAUAUGGAUAGUUUCUUUAAUUUCCUUUCAAACUUGUACCAAUACAGUAAAAAUAAAUCAACAUUUUUUGAAUUCCACAAACAUAUAAAAAUGUUUAUAUACACAAACACACAUUGUUUAAACAGAUAUAAACUACUACUUGUCAUUUUAGGUUUCUCAAUCUGUACCACUGAUGGUGAAACACACUUGAAUACAAAAUGUCUGAACAUCAGCAUAUGUCCAAUCAGUGGUUACAUAAGAAGUUCUGAGAUGCGUGUUGGGUCCAAUGACCAAAGAGUUCAUACUGCCCUUUACAUUACAGUCUACACUGGCUGGUCACCAUUGCCCUACACUGGCUGGUCACCAUUGCCCUACACUGGCUGGUCACCAUUGCCCUACACUGGCUGGUCACCAUUGCCUUCAGAAUAAUACCAAAAGCAUUAACCACGUUUCCAUCCGACCAUUUCAUGCGGAUUAAUUACCUAAUGCAUGGAAAAAGGUUACAACUGGGCUGAUGGAAACAGGAAAUGCCGUUACAAUUCUAUAAAUACCAAUUAUUUGUUUGACAUGGUGGGAUCUUUUUGUGUCUAAAAUUAAUUAUGUGAGAAAUUACAGUGGAAACGCCUUUAUGUGCAAAUAUUGAUACAAUUAACCAUCACAUCGAAGUAAACUUGGGAGUCACGUGAUGAUAUUUUGUGUGUUCCUCCCACUACAACUCGGGAAACCAUGCAUUUAUUAAGCUACAGAUGAACUAACUUAUGAACUUCAUAGGGUGGUGAAAGAGCACGGUGUUGAGCUUGAAGUAUUGAUGGUCUUAUUCUGGUGACAUGAUGAUCGAUGCUUGGCUGCCAUUUGACAAAUAAUAUCACUCUGCUCCAUAAUAAAAUCUCAUCAUGUAGGUAGCCUACCUGCACUGUGUGUGUGAGCUGUUGGCUAGAGAGCACGUGCCAAGACCAGAGUGGGUACAUUUACUGUAUAACGCAACAUUUGUGACAAAACCCAUCAGUAGACUUGACAAUACGAUGGAAACCCAUUUAACUUGUGUUUUCACAUUCUGUACAUGGGAUUUAACAAUUAAAAGUUAUGUUUACGUGCA